AGGAUAAUAAAUGAAAUUUUGUCUUCGGUUAUAAAUAAUAAUAAAUAGCGUAAAAAAAAAAUAGUUUCAGAAUGGAUGAAGUAUUGCAAAAAUUCAAUUCUGUUCUUGCUUAUGAUGAUCUCGUUCAAAUUGAUCCUAGAUCUGCUGAUCGUGAAACCUUAUACAAGAAUUGGGGUAAAUUUGGUAAUCAAGAAGAGAGGCGAAAGGAGAUUUUGAAUUUACAGAAAGGGAGUAGAAAUGAUAGCCUUGAUAAAUUUAGAGGGUUAUUUGAUCGUUCAAAGAAUAUUGUUGGUAAUCCAGCUCAUAGAAAUGAAAAGGCUGCCUAUAGACCAAAUAUAUAUGUAGCUGGUUUCAAUAAAGCCCCACCAACCUAUAAGAAUGUUCUUAUGAUGUCAGAAUGGUUAGUUGAGAAGCCAGAAGAUUUCAAUGAGAAUUGGUAUGUAGUACCGUGCCCUAAAGGUGUCAGAGUACUAGUUGUGUCAGAUAGAGGUAUAACAAAACUUUAUGGCAAACAUGGUCAAUUUAUAAAAGAAGUACGUACAGCUUUGCCAGGAGGCAAUCCCGGUGAAUAUCUCCUUAGAAGUGGAAAUUUCUCUGUAUUGGAUGCAUUUUAUUUAGAAAAAAAUAAUACAUUGUAUGUGUUAGACCUUCUUGCAUGGAAUAGUCAGCCAAUGACUAAUGGAGAGGCUCAAUUUAGACAGUUUUGGUUGCAAACUCACCUACAAGAAAUUGAAGGGUUACACACAAUAUCGAAGAAAAACAAAAUUAUAAUUCAACUGUUACCUACUGUGUCAUGUGACAAAGACUCCUUUAAUGCGUUUAUGAUGAAGUAUCCACAUUUUGAAUCUAACUAUCCUCUAUUGGAUGGCUUACUGUUUUAUCACAAAUUGGCUAACUACAGCGCUGGACAAACUCCGCUUGUCGGCUGGCUCUAUCCUUACAUGGUGAGGGAAGUAUUGGGAUCUGAUAUAAUAGUGAAUGCUAUAUAUGAGACACAAAGACCGUUAAAUUAUAUAAAUCAAGCAACUUUCAUACGAGAAUUUACAUCCCAUUCCAAGAAAAAACGCAGGACCCGAAAGACAUCUACUAGUUCUAUGGAAACUGAAACUGCUUCUGUUAAAGAGAUAGAAGGAGUGAAACCAAAGACGACGCACGAGCAACCCCGGAACCGAUUUCACUAGAAGUCAGUGGUAAUAGAAUAAUUGUAAACAUAUUUACUAAUUAUAUGUAAUGUGUUUGUCAUAUGUAUUUAUUACAUAUCUGUGAAGAAAUUCAAAGAUGUGUAAGAUAACCUAUCCGCACUUAGCCAGCACGGUUGACUAUGGCCUAGUCACGCCUAACAAAGGAUAGGCUUGUCAGCUCCAGACAGAGGAAACCCUCGGCGGAGACAUUAUGAGCUGAGGACGAGACAAUUUGUAUUUAAACAUAUGCAUUGCAUUAUUAUUGCAUUUUUAAUGUUUAGUUUAAAUAUGGAAAACAGGAAAUUAUAAGUUAAGUUUG